AUGCCGCGGCGAAGGAACAACGUCGCGUUGGCCAUCGUUCUUGUGGUCUUUGCGUUCUGCGCGCGAUACGCAUCGGCAGUGGGCAGCACGCCUCAUUCAACCUUCAGCUACAAGGAAGGUGACCCGACCGGGCCUGAAAAAUGGGCCACAUUGCAGAAGGACUGGGCUAUUUGUGACAGUGGCACCAAGCAGUCUCCGAUCGACGUCGCAAAGGUGGAGGUCUCCAAGGAUUUAGGCCCACUGGAGCAGAACUACAAGGCUGGCGCCGCCGUCGUGCAGAACCGAGGCCACGAUUUCAUGCUCAACUGGACAGGAGGGAACGGCGACCUGACAAUCGAAGGGAAGAAGUACACGCUCCUGCAGGUGCACUGGCAUGCUCCCUCUGAGCACACUGUCAACGGCACCCGCUUUGACGCAGAGAUGCACAUGGUGCACGAGGACUCCACCAAGUCGAAAGCCGUCGUCGCGGUGCUGUUCAGCACCAAAGCAGGCAAGCCCAGCAAGCUGCUCGGCGAUCUUAAGCCGUACUUCGAGAGGCUCGCUGGUAAACAAAAUGCCACAGAGGAAGUGAAGGGCACUGUUGAUCCGACAGCAUGGAUAGACAACGCCUCUGGCUACUACAGAUACGAGGGCUCGUUUACUACGCCACCUUGCACCGAAGGAGUGCUUUGGAGUAUCAUGAGCAAGGUAGCAGAUGCAUCAAAGGAUGAGAUCGACUCGAUAGAUCGAGUGAAGAAGUCAUCGGUGGAGCCAAAUGCACGGCCGGCUCAGACAAUCAACAGCCGCGUUGUUCGCUAUUACAAAGCAGGAGCCACUGAAGGGUCAGCGCCCGCGCCAGCGCCAGCACCAGGACCAACCUAA